AUGGACAAGCUGCUGUUUGCUCUCAGAGAUGUUGCUAAAAUGAGUCACUUGAGGGUGAUGAUUGGCUGGCCAGAGAUCUUGGUCGUGCCGCGGCAGGAGGAGGGAAUGCUCUGCCCCAGAGAAAUGGCUGAGGUGACACUUCUGUGCGGGGUCACCCAGCGAGGACAGGCCCUGGGAGCGGCAGGAGGGCUGGGGCUGGUCCUGGCCAGUGCGGGCUUCGGCCGCCUGACCGCCCCCAUCAUGGAGCUCCACAACCAGAAAGGCUACUUCCUCCACCACGUCAUCUUCGCCUGCUGUACGCUCAUCUGCAUCAUCUGCAUCCUGCUGCUGCCGGAGAGCAAGAACCAGAACCUGCCCGAGAACAUCCCGGACGGGGAACAUUACACCCGGCAGCCCCUCCUGCCGCACAAGAAAGGGGAACAGCCCCUGCUCCUGACAAACUCUGAACUCAAGGAUUACUCCGGCCUCCAUGACUCAGCAGCUGUGAGCGACGGGAUCUCAGAGAACACCACUGCCAACGGGAUGAAGUCCAUGUAACUGGGUGGAUUUUUUUUUUCCUUCUUUUGUUUUGGUUGGGGUUUUUGGUUUUUUUUUGUUUUUUCCCUUCUCCUCGUUCUUUUGUAUUUUAUUUGAUGCUGUUGUGCAGGAGGAGCAGCACUUUGGGCAAAGGUGUUUUGCACAGAUUUUACAAACCAGUGAUGGAGCAGACACAGACUUGGGGGAAUUCAACUCUGCUGCUAAAGCAGCUUUUGGCAUCUUCAACUGUUGUGCAGAUUGCUCUUGAAAACAUUAUGGGGGAAAAGACUCAUUUGAGAAAAGACCUGGCUGGAGGUAGCCCUUCAGAACUCUUUUUUUUCCUACCAUUAAAUAUGUAUAUUUAUUUUGAUUUAUUCUCAAGAAGCACUUUAUUUCCUUUUCCUUUCAUAGAUCACAAAAAUGAAGCCAUCUUUAUUAUAAGAGGUGCAGCCAUUCCAAGAAAGAAACCAUGGGGGGGGUUGUUUUCUGUUUUGUUUUUGUGUUUCUUUAAAGGAAAGAGGGAUCCACUGCAAAGUUGAAUUGACUGAAAUUUAGACUUGUGCAACAUUCUGCUGCCUGUCUAGAAAGUCCAAGAGCCCAGGUUGCCUGCUGUGUUUGUAUACACAAA